AUGUCGCUUCCUACACACUUCACCCUCAACACAGGCGCCAAGAUCCCCGCUGUUGGCUUCGGCACAUGGCAAGCAAAGCCUGGUGAGGUCGAGCGUGCUGUAGAGACAGCGUUGAAGGCUGGCUACCGUCACAUCGAUUGCGCAGCGAUCUACAGAAACGAGGCCGAGGUCGGUGAAGGUAUCCGUGCAAGUGGUGUGCCUCGACAAGACAUCUUCAUCACAGGCAAGCUUUGGAACACAAAACAUGCGCCUGAGGACGUCGAGGCUGCACUCGACAAGAGCUUGGAGGACCUUGACACAGAGUAUCUCGAUUUGUUCCUGAUGCACUGGCCUGUUGCUUUCAAUGGCAAAUCUCGCAAGUGGUUCCCUCUGCGCGAGAACGGCGUCUUUGACCUGAUCGAUAUCGACCCUGCCGAUACAUACAAGGCCAUGGAGAAGCUUCUCAACACCGGCAAAGUACGCGCUAUCGGUGUCUCCAACUUCACCAUCAAUCGCCUCGAUGACCUGCUCUCCAAGACCAGCGUCGUUCCCGCCGUCAACCAGAUCGAAGUACACCCUUACCUGCAGCAGCCUUCCCUCUUCGACUACUGCAAGAGUAAAAACAUCCUCAUCGAAGCAUACUCACCCCUCGGCAACAAUCAGACCGGAGAGCCACGCACAGUCGACGACUCGCUCGUCGGUGAGCUUGGCAAACAGUUGGGCCUCGAUGGUGGGCAGCUGCUUGCGAGUUGGGGCAUCCAGCACGGACACGUCGUACUGCCAAAGAGCGUGACACCACACAGGAUACAAAGCAAUCUGCAAGUACAGGAACUGUCCAAGGACGCAUAUGAGAAGCUCACUGGUCUAGAGAGGCACAAGAGGUUUAACCAGCAGUCGAGGUGGGGUUUCGACAUAUUUGAGGAGCUGGGCCAAGCAAAGGUCACCAAGAUUGCUGAAGAUGCGGCUGAGGCGAACAAAGAGAAGUUCACUACGUGA